AUGGAUACAAUAAAGAAAAUGAUAUGGGGACCUGAUCCCAAGGAGCAGUACAGGAAGUGCCAAUCAACAAUAAGGAAGAAUAAACGUCAGAUGGAAAGACAAAUACAAGAUCUUCAAAAAUUGGAGGGUAAGACCAAGAGAAUGAUACGGGAUGCUGCUAAAAAAGGAGACAUGAAAUCGGCAAGGAUGUAUGCGAGGGAAUUCAGGAAUAUAGGAAAGACACAGCAGAGAAUGUAUGUGUCAAAAGCUACGUUAGACAGUAUUGGAAUGAAGAUGGCAGAACAGCAACAGAUGAUCAAAAUUAAGGGGUCGAUGCAGAAAUCAACCGCAAUAAUGAAAGAUAUGAACACGCUUGUGCAUCUUCCGCAAAUGAGCCGCACAGUGCAGGAGCUUUCGAAGGAAUUAACAAAGAGUGGUGUGAUAGAUGAGAUGGUUGAUGAUAUGAUUGAUGAAAACGCAUGGCAGGAGGAAGAUGGCGAUGAGGAUGAAGAACAAGAGAUCAACAAGAUUGUGGACGAUGUAAUGGAACAGGCUGGUGCUAAGGUGUCGCGGAAAAUGCCACAGACGCCGUCUCAGGAGGUUGAACAGCCAGCUGAAAGUCAGGCUGAGGGUAAAGAGACUAGUGAUGAUGAAAUGUUGGCCAACAUGCGGCAAAGACUUAGUGCUCUUGAAGAGUGA